AUGUCGUCUCCAAGUCCUGUAGAGAAGUUCGACUCGCUCUUGAAGCAGUCCGAAUUCAUCUUUGCCGUGUACUACCGCGGCCACUGGUGUCCCUUUUGUAUGGGAUAUCUACGUACCUUCGCCUCGCUCAUCAAGUCCAUCACCGCAGCGGGCGGCAUACCUGUCAUCAUAACCGCCGAAGACGAGUCGCAUCUUCCCGCCACGCGUGACUCGACGGGGUACACAGGAGACGCCAUCGUAGACCCGCAGAACCUACUGGCGGCAGAACUGAAGGCGCGUGGCCUCCUUGAUGUUGCCAUCAGCAAGAAAUCAGGGUACCCACAUGGCAUGGCGCAACCAGCCGUGCUCGUGAUGCGGCCUGAUGGCAGCGUACUGCAGCAUUGGGCUAUUGUACCUGGCCUGAUGAACCUUGGUGGUGCCAAGGAUAGGCCGAUGCUCGAUCAAAUUUGGGAGAAUGUAUCGAGGCAGCUUCAAGGACAGGAGGUGACAUAUACGACGUAUUCUAUGAGUGGGGUUUUUCAGGCAUUAGCUUCCAAGAUGGGUAGUUAG